UCGAUUCCACUCCACGUUUUGUGUCCCGCUUUUGCCCUGCCGGUGCAUCUGAACACACAGCGCUCUCCUCCACAGAGCAUUUCCACUUCAACGCAGCUACAAUGGGCUUUCUUUGCUGAGCGAAGUUGAGUCAACAAGCCGGGAAACGCGCUCCUUGGAUUCAUGUGGCACCUUUACGCUCACAGCUUUCUUUUCUACUGCGCCGAGGGACUUUCAACUGAACUCGGUGGCGAUACAAACCCGUUGUGCUUUGGGGGAUGUGUUAAGAGACUAUAGUUGAGUUUCAACCACUAAAAACGACCAGUCAUUAAAUAGUCUACCUGCGAAUCUGCUGCAGGAGGGGGGAGUUUUGCCAGCAAGCGGGACACUGCAGAGUACCUAAACAGUGAGGGAUCUGUACAGAAGUGAACGAUGCUCAGACUGGAGACCAUCAUUUGCACUUUUUCUGUGCUGUCUGUUGCGGCAAGAGCCGAAUUUAAAGCGAGGAAUUGCAGCGAGGUGAGGGAGGCUUCCAUCGCGAAAGGCUUUGGCUUCUCACAUGUUCCCCAUCAGGAGAUCCCAGGGACACAUCUUCGUGUAUGUCUUCAGGGAAACACAUGUUGCACCGAGGAAAUGGAGGACAGAUUUGGCCAACAGAGUAAACAAGACUUUGAGAAUCUGGUUGAUGAAAUGAGUCACACACUGAGAAGCACCUUUGUUUCGAGACAUAAAAGAUUUGAUGAAUUUUUCCUGGAGCUGCUGGAGAACACGGAGAGGUCCCUGAAUGACAUGUUUAUGAGGACUUACGGCAAGCCUUACAUGCAGAAUGCAGAGGUCUUUGAGAACCUGUUUGCUGAACUGAAGCGCUAUUACACUGGAGGGAAUGUUAACCUAGAGGAAAUGCUUAAUGACUUUUGGUCACGGCUGCUGGAGCGUAUGUUCACACUGCUCAACUCCCAGUAUGUCAUCACUGAGGACUAUCUGGAGUGUAUCAGUAAGUACACCGACCAGCUGAAGCCCUUUGGAGACGUGCCCAGGAAGCUCAAGGCUCAGGUUACCCGCGCAUUCAUCGCUGCACGCACAUUUGUCCAGGGGCUCUCCGUUGGCCGGGAGGUAGCCCAGAGAGUGUCUAAGGUUAGCAGCACUCCAGCAUGUAUUCGAGCAGUGACAAAGAUGCUGUAUUGCCCCUUUUGUCAGAGUAUGCCAGGAGUAAAGCCUUGUAAGAAUUACUGCCUGAAUGUCAUGAAGGGCUGCCUGGCCAAUCAAGCUGAUUUGGACCCAGAGUGGAACCAGUACAUCGAUGCCAUGCUGCUGGUGGCGCAGAGGCUAGAGGGACCUUUCAACAUUGAAUCUGUCAUGGAGCCUAUUGAUGUCAAGAUUUCAGAGGCCAUCAUGAUUAUGCAAGAUAACAGUGCCCAGGUCUCCUACAGGGUUUUUCAAGGCUGUGGUCAGCCAAAACCCGCAGGAAUCACUAGGUCUGCUCGUGGUGUUUCGGAUGUGUUCAACGCCCGCUUCAGGCCCUACAGCCCAGAGGAGAGGCCUACCACUGCAACUGGCACAAGCUUAGACAGACUGAGGAUUGUUUGGAAUGCGAUGCAACACAGUGUGGUUGACAUAAAAGAGAAACUAAAGGACUUCAAGAAAUUUUGGUCCAACCUGCCUGAGGCGAUGUGUGUAGAAGACAGAGUGACCGCUGGAAAUGCCAGCGAAGAGGAGUGCUGGAACGGACACACCAAGGGCAGGUACUUUCCUGAGGUCCAAAAGGAUGGCCUUACCAACCAGGUGAAUAACCCUGAAGUGGGUGUUGACAUCACACGCCCAGACACACUCAUCCGUCAGCAAAUCAUGGCUCUGAGGGUGAUGACUAACAAGCUGAAAAAUGCCUACAAUGGCAAUGAUAUCUACUUUCAAGACUCAAGCGAUGAAGGCAGUGGCUCAGGCAGUGGCAGCGGCUGCACAGAGGUCUGCCCCACAUACAUGGACGGUACGGCUGCAACUGAAAUCCCCGUGGUGAGAGCCGACCGGAGCGGGCCUGUGGAUAACUCUGCCCCGCUCUGUGCACCGUCUGUAGCACUGCCAACCAUGCUGGCCCUUUCAGCCUUGGCACUUCAGCGACAGUGGAGAUAAUGCUAGAGGAACAGGCUAAACAUGGACAGCAGGGGUUUGUUUUUUUUCCUUUUUUUCCCCUUUUUUUUGCAGUUUUUUGUAUUCAGGCAGAUUGGAGCAGACAGCAUUCAGACUGCCAGCUUCAAGGCAAGAAGAGUCUGCUCUGAAAAAGAGAGCAGUCAAGCAUCAUGAGUUCCCACUUUCCCAAAGAUUGUGCAGUGCCAUCCUUAGACUUGAUAUGUUUUGGCAUCACUUCACCAUCUAACAGCGAUGCCACCCCUACUAACUCUGCUUCUGAGAUUUUAGUAAAGGUAUUAUUGUAGGUCUUAAUGUGGAAAAAUAUAACACGCACUUUGAUUGUUUUGAUUUUUUUUUUAUUGCAAAAAAAAUAGUUUAUUGUGUGUUGGAAAAAAUGUUGAGAAUGUGGUCAUUUUAUACACGUAUUAUUUUUUUAAAGCAAAGGAUCCUUUGAUUUGAUCUGAAUGGAACAUGUGGUUUUAACUGACACCUUAUUCCAUUGUCAUGAACUUAUGUGCCAACUAUUCAUUUCUGAUGAGAAGCGUAAUGCUGUCAUGUUUAUUUUUAGAUCAAAUGCAGCUUCUAAAUUGUGUUUCACAAUCAUUUUAACUGUGUCAUAUGGAAAGAUUGUAGUUAAACUAUGUCAUGGGUUGGUUAUGCAUCUGCACAGCUUUUAGCUAUUCUCUUAAAAACCUUUCAGCAGCUGCAUUGUGCUUAAAGUCACUGUUAGGGUUAAGAUUGACAUUUUAUAUACUAAUUUGCCUUGCAGCAAAUUCAUUAUGUGCAAAAAUAUUCUCAUAUCAAACUGGAUCCUUAGGCUUCAAGAGUAGAUAGCCUGGACAGAUUUAUUAUGGAGCAGUUACUCACAUUUAGAGAAGGUGCCGCUAAUAUAUGGGUUAUGCUGUCAAGGUAGAUGCUGCCUCUGCAGCGUUGUGGUGUGCAUGUCCUGGUAUAAAAUAUAUUUAUACCAUGUCAAAUAUUGUGAUUGAUAAUAUAAUUAGUAAGUUAAGGGUUGCACAAUGGGUCUCAUGCAACCACUAAAAUGCAAACUUGUCAGUAAAACUAAUCAAAACUAAUCAAAUACAAAGAGGUGUUUAAGUGCUGCAUACAAGUGUUCUUCUCACAGCACAGAGGAGGUCAUGUGAAGUCACUGAAAAGCAGGAUUAUCUUCUUUAACUGUGUAAAUGGACGUUUACCAUUUUGCACUCGAAGACCAUUACUAUCAGUUCUUGGGCUGCUGUAACCUCGAUGUUAAUUUACAGUAACUGGGGCUUUUAGCAUUUUCAAAAAAUACUCUAGAAAUAUUUACAGGAUUUUGAGAUGAUUCAUUAAUACUGUAAAUGUUGUUUUCCCUCUUAUUUUUAAGGUUCAGUAACCAAAGCAUAUUCUGUGUGUAAAUGAACACUGUAGGACCAAAACUAAAAUACUUUGUGACAGUAUUAACAAGUUGAAAUUACAAAUUUAAAAAAAGAAAGAAAAUUAUAUAUACAUAGAUAGAUAUAUAUAUAGAUGUAUAUCUAUAUACAUCUAUAUAUAAUAGUUGCAAAAGGUUAUGGAAAUAUUAUGAGAAGAAGCAGCAACAGCACAUAGUGGUUACUGGAAAUGUAAAGAAAGGGUCUCUAAAUUUAUCUGGAAAGCUUGAAUGGUUGCGUCUGCAGCACAGACAGGCUUGAAGCCGGCCACAGUCACCUGUGAAAUGAGAAUCUGUGGAGACUGGACAGAGCUGAAUGCUUCAGUGAAGUUCCUCACUAGAGCGUACUUACGGAGAAUGUGAGAGGCCUGGCCGUGCUGAGGGGGGCGGACAAAACCAGCCUGUAUGUACGUCCACUGUUCUCUGAGAGCCCGACAGGUUCAUAACCAACAGGCCUGCUAAGCUUACAUUUCCAAGGAAUUAGCCUGUAUUAAGUCCUUUGCGGCAUAUCACUGAAUAUUUGUUGAGCUUUUUCUUUAUUUCAUACGAGUCACUUUUUUAACCCACAUUUAUUUCAAGAAUAUAGAGGAAAUAUGUCAAAGUUUCAUUUAAAAGGACCCAUUAUUCUACAUUUUGAUCUCAUAAGAUGCCCUUUUUAUUGUUUUGUAUCACUGAACCUUUAAUAUUUUUGCAAUAAAAUAUUGAAAAUGGAUGUAUGGUCAGACAAAUUAUGACUCACAAAAAUGCUCAGUUUGGGUUUUUUGUUAUCUCUUUGUUUGUUUUUCAGAAUUAAUGCAUUGCUGUUUGAUUUCAAAACUAAUGAGGAAAGGUUUCUAUGGGGUUUUAAAAUAAUUUCAAACUGAGGUUUGAAGAACUAGUUGAGCAAAUAUGCCUUACUGUUUUUGGUGCAAUUAAGAUUAUUGCAUUUUUGUUUUAUUGCUGUUCUUGAGAAUAAAUUCUUAUUUAAAAAAAA